UCAUUCCCACAGGGCCUCCCCACCACCACCGAACCGCUCUCGGGUCUCGCAAGAGGAUCCCCUUCCCUAUGCCGGCUUCUUCUUAUCCCUCUUCCUCCUCCACCUCCUCCUCCUCCUCCUCUCUCCAUCCCUCUCAUGGCUCAGCCUCCUCCGACGAAACCGAGAAGAACGAGAACGAGGGCCGCCUGGUUCUCGGGUUGCUUCGGGCCGCGCCGCUCCGAUGAAGCGGCCCAGUUCAAGACCCGAUCGAACGGCGGCGGCGGCGAGAGGCUGAAGUUCAGCUGGUCCUACUGGUCGCCCGUCCGCUUCAAGAAGUCCGCCUCCAAGACCGUCCCCGUCGAGAACAGCGCCGCCGCCGCCGCCGCCGCCGCACUCGUUAGUUCCACCGUCGAGACCGAGAAGAAAGAGGCCAACGACAGGUUCAACAAUCCCCCGCCCAAGUCCAAGUCCAAGUCGAAGACGAAGACGAAGCCGAAGCCGAAGCGAGAUAGGGACAGCUCCAAGAGCAGGCCGGCCAAGCAGGAGGCGACGGCGGUGGCGGAGACGGCGACGGCGCCUCCGGGUCAGCCGCCGGAGAGCGAGGGAGAUCGAGAGACAAUCGAGCCCGAAGCCGAAGCCCAUCGAACCGACGCGCGAGAAAACCGCGCGGACGCCGCUCGCGGCAACACGUGGCACGGCCAGAAGCGACUGUCCUUCUGCCGGAAGAUCGACGCGAUCCGGGCGGGGUCGAGCCAGCCCGGCUCGCCCGACGUCAAGUCGGCGAAGUCCUCCCGCGCCGCAGCCGCGGCGAUCCCGCACUCGGCCUCCCUCCCGAUUCUCGACCCGCCGGAACCCCCGGCCCCGGCCCCGCCCCCGCCCGCGGCGGCGCCCCGCCCCGCCCAGCCUCCGCCGAAACCUCGCAGAGCCCGGCCGCCGCGGCUCGACUCGGUGGUGGGGAUGUCGAUAAUCAUGGUGACGCUGGUGAUCAUGAUCCUCUGGGGGCGGCUCUGCGCGAUCCUGUGCACGGCGGUAUGGUUCUACUUCAUCCCCCAGCUGAGGUGGUGGUUGGCGUCGGAGAGGCCGGUCAAGGGCGACGGCCCGGACCCGGACCUGAACUCGGAGGAGCACAAGAAGAGGGUGGUGCUGGAGGGGCUGCUCGAGAGACCCCGCCGGAGCUCGCCGUGAGUUAUGUUUUUUUUUUUUUUGGUCCCCUUUCCGUCCGCCCGACACGGGUUUCCAAUAGAAUACACGGCAAUAACUCGGGGAGGGGGGCACCACCUAGGAUCGCGCUGCCGGUGGCGGCGGAUGGCAUUUUGUGUAAAUUUACUGUAGAUGCAGGGUCAUAUUUACGAAAGGAAAAGAAGAAAAGUUGGGGUGGGGGAUCGGAUCUUCUGGAAGCAUUUUUCCAUCUGGCUUUUCUUCUUCUCGCGGGCUGCUCUCUCUUUCGUUUUUAAUUGGGCAGUUGGGGAGUCACGUGAUGUUGGUGGGGGCGGCACGUGCGAUGGGGGCGCGGGGCUGUCGCGAAAUUGACGAUGGGCCUCCCCCCUCUCGGUAGCGGUCGCGGCCCGUUUGGUGACGGUCAGUUUUGGCGAUCUUCGGAUGGAGAGAGACAAAAUUGUAGAUUUGUUUCGAAAUUUUCUCCUUCUUUUUUUUUUUCCCUCUAAAUAUCCUUUAAAUUAUUGGAUUUGAUUAGACCUUUUAAUUUCA